AUGUCUGAAAUCAGGGAUAGGAAAAGGGAAGACCUGAUCCCGCGAUCAGCCGCGAAGAAGCAACAUGAGGUAAACCCUCAAAAGUUUUGUAGUGUUGUCUUAUCUGAGGAGAACCAGCUCAUACCUGUCCCUAAAUCAUCUCAUAAAGGAGAAAAAGAAGAUGAACCUAAGAAGAGCAAGAAACCGGAGAGGUUUCCAUGGGAAUCAAGGAGAGCUUACAAGAGAAGACUUGAGAACAAGCCAUUGUCGAAGAUAGAAGAUCCGGGGAAGUUUGUGAUUCCCGUUUCCAUUAAUGGGUACCAACUAGAUGAUUGCCUAUGUGAUACUGGAGAUCAUUUGAAUAUCAUGUCUCAUGCAUUAGCAAAGGACUUGGGAUUCAAAAAAAUUAAAGAUCCUAAGGUGAAGGUUGAGUUUGCGGAUCUAUCUUGUAUGGAGCUCUAUUGA